AGUACACUCAAUUUUUCGAACUUUUAUGGCGGAGGAAUUCAAUGAUUUAAUGCAGUUGUCAAGCAGUGACUGUAUUCUUUUGUCAUACUCAUCAUCCAUCUCAAUAAAAGGGGAUCCCCUUUCCAUUUCAAUCUAGCAGCAAUAAUACUCUCACGCAGCAAAAAGGUUUGCAGAAUCUGGUUUCCAACAUCUUCCAGAAUGAAUUCCCUUCACUAUAAUCUUCCUAGAUUUUCUGCCUCGCGACUGCAAAGCUUCAGUGGUGUUUCCAGAAAGCCUUCUUUGCCAUCAACGGUUCCCACCACACUGGGUUUGGUGAGAACGACUGAUCAUAACUCAAGGAAUGUCGUGCAGGCCAUACAUGGUUCUAAGUCUGAUAUAGGAAAAGAAAGUAUCAAAACGGAGGGAAAAUCUGAUGUUUAUAGUCAAGACAUGACAGAAGCAAUGGGAGCUGUCUUGACCUAUAAGCAUGAGUUAGGAUUGAACUAUGACUUCAUCCGUCAAGAUUUGAUUGUUGGGUCAUGUUUACAGAGUGCUAAGGAUGUGAACAGGCUUCGCAAGAUUGGAGUGAAGACUAUUUUUUGCUUACAACAGAAUUCUGAUCUUGAAUACUUUGGGGUUGAUAUUAAUGAAAUUCGUGAAUGUGCAAUCAAAAGUGGAGACAUUGAGCAUGUGCGUGCUGAAAUCAGGGAUUUUGAUGCAUUUGAUUUGAGGAUAAGGCUACCUGCUGUUGUUAGCAAAUUACAUAAGGCCAUCAAUAGAAAUGGUGGCAUAACCUACAUACACUGCACUGCUGGACUUGGAAGAGCACCUGCAGUAGCGGUGGCAUACAUGUUCUGGGUUCUUGGUUAUGGAUUCAAUGAAGCUUACAAUUUACUCAAAAGCAAGCGUUCAUGCUGUCCGAAAUUGGACGCCAUAAAAAGUGCCACUGCUGAUAUUCUUACAGGGUUGAGGAAGAAUCCAAUAACAUUGAUGUGGUGUGGUGAUGAUUGUUCUAAUGUGGAAGUCUCUGGACUUGAUAUUGGUUGGGGACAGAGAGUACCUCUUGAAUAUGAUGCAGAACAAGGUUCAUGGACUCUCCAUAGGGAAUUUCCGGAAGGAAUUUACGAGUACAAAUAUAUUGUUGAUGGUGAAUGGGUGUGCAAUAACUCUGAGCCAAUCACUUCUCCAAACAAAGAUGGCAAUGUCAACAACUACGUGAAAGUUUUGGACAAUAACAGAGACAGCACAAGUGCAGAAAUUCGGGAAAGGCUGUUAGCUGAUGAUCCUGACCUUACUAAAAGGGAACGUGUUAUUAUUAGACAGUUUCUUGAUGAACUCGCUGCUGAAGAAUAAGUAGCAAGGUGGAGAACUAAUAUGUAUGGAUACACAGUCACAUACACACAUACAUUAGAUAUAAUAAACCUUUGUAAAUAUGCCCACUUGUCAUUGUGGUUGUGUAGUGUGUGUUUUCAGAUUCGGUUUCAAACUGACCUCACUUGAACAGUUGAAUGUGCCACAUUUUGUCAUUUCCUCGUAUAGCUGUAUGUACAUGAUCAAACCAUUUGAAAUAGAUAAGAGGUUUAUGCAGCAAAAUGAGCCCAGAAAUGAAUUAUGAGUGCC